UACGCCUUUCUCUGUGAUUAGGCGCAACAUUUACGAUUAUCGCUGCUUUGUUUUCCCCGGAUCUCCGCCGAUUGAAGAAUCGCUUAGCUCGAUGAUAGUUUCGUUUUCGAUCUGUUCUACUAUGUAUGAUGUCGUUGUAAUCACUUCUUUGGAAUUUACAUGAGAAUCCGACGGCUUGAUUGAUUGAUUGAUUACGUUUUGAUCAUGCAACUGUUGUUCGUUGUGUGUGUGUGAACCUUGAUUGAUCGAUUUUCUAGAAAUGCAGGGAGUGAGUGAUCAUUGGACUGUUUGGUUAGGUUUUUGAAUCAAAUCCGACGCAAAUGUCGACUUCUAAUCACGUGAACGGCGACGCCAAGACUGCUGCUGAUAAUACAUCGGACGAUUUUGAUGACAUUGAUUUCUCCAAGCUGCUGCUAGAGAAGCCAAGACCGUUGAAUAUCGAAAGACUGAGAUCACUUGAAGAAAGGUCUCUUACUGAAAUGUCCACCUCACCACCACCACAGCUUCGAUACAACGCGGAUAAUGCUGCUUCUCGAGUCGUCCAAGAUUGUGUGGUUCUUUCACCUAGCGUUGGAUUCAAUACCCUCGGUCACUGGCGGGAUUCGAGUCUCAUCCGAUGGUGGGAGAGGCCUGGGACGCUUUGAGAAGGUCUAUGGUGUACUUCCGUGGACAGCCUGUUGGGACAAUCGCUGCGGUGGAUAACUCUGAGGAAAAGCUCAACUAUGAUCAGGUGAGUUUCUGACUAAAUAAAACACAGAGGAGUACUCUCACACUGCUGUCAACAAGUUCAACGUGAUCCCGGACUCUCUUCCAGAAUGGGUUUUCGACUUCAUGCCGCCUCAGGGAGGGUUCUUCAUCGGCAAUGUUAGCCCAGCAAGAAUGGAUUUCCGUUGGUUUGCUCUUGGCAAUUGUAUAGCGAUACUGUCUUCCUUGGCUACUCCUGAGCAGUCGACCGCAAUUAUGGAUCUCAUAGAAGCUCGCUGGGAAGAGCUGGUCGGAGAAAUGCCGCUCAAAGUUUGCUACCCUGCAAUAGAAAGCCAUGAAUGGAAGAUAGUGACUGGAUGUGACCCCAAAAACACUCGAUGGAGCUACCACAAUGGAGGGUCCUGGCCAGUGUUGCUUUGGCUUCCUCGUGUACACUUCACUUUCUUCUUCUUCGUCUCCUUGUUUCUCUUUCCACUUCACUUUUGUCCCACCCAUAAUCAAUAAUUUAUGAUAAGUCCUAAGCUAUGUCCUUAAACUACAAAAAAAU